AUGGCUAACCCGGAAACACCCGGAAACAUCAACUCUAGCCCCAACCCUAACACAAGUCUUCCAGUAGCGACAGAACCGCUUCCGUAUCCACCGCCUUCUUCGGCUACGAUGACGUCUGAUAAUCCAAGCGGUUCCACUACUGCUGUUAAUACCAGGAACAAUCUCAAGAGGCCUCGCGAAGAGGAUACAGCGGAAGGUGCGGCAGUGGAGACUUCAACCGAUGUUCCGGCACCCAAGCGUCGUGUGAAGGCGACGCAUGACGUUAUAUACCGCAUCGUGGUGCCUUCGAGGCAGAUCGGGAAAGUCAUAGGAAGAGUGGGGCAUCGUAUUCAGAAGAUUCGAGAUGAUUCUAAAGCCACUAUUAAGAUUGCCGAUGCUAUUUCCAGACAUGAAGAGCGAGUGAUCAUUAUAAGUUCUAAAGACAGUGACAACGUAUUCUCUGAUGCGGAAAAUGCUCUUCAUCAAAUUGUCAGUCUGAUCCUCAAGGUAAUGUGA